AUGACGCCCGUUUUACUGGUUUAUUAUGUCCUACUUCUGCCUUUUUUUUACACCUGCUCUCUAGCUGCUGAGUAUGAGGAAGACUAUGAGGAUGUCACUGUCAACCAGAUGCUGGCUCCCAAAUCCCAGGACACCGACGCCACGGAAAUUCUCAAUAAUCUCCUCAAAGAAUAUGACAAGAAACUAAGACCGGAUAUUGGAGUAAAACCAACCGUCAUAGAUGUGGACAUUUUUGUGAACAGCAUCGGACCAGUGUCUUCAAUAGAUAUGGAGUACCAAAUUGAUAUAAUCUUCGCCCAGACAUGGACAGACAGCCGCCUCCGAUACAAUAACACGAUGAAAAUAUUGACUUUAAACAGCAAUAUGGUUGGACUUAUUUGGCUACCAGACACCAUCUUCAGAAACUCCAAGAAUGCAGAUUCCCACUGGAUUACAAUGCCAAACCAGCUGCUCAGAAUAUGGAAUGAUGGGAAGAUACUUUACACCUUAAGGUUGACUAUAAAUGCAGAGUGCCAACUGCAGCUACACAACUUUCCAAUGGAUGAACACUCUUGUCCACUAAUUUUUUCCAGCUAUGGAUACCCGCGAGAUGAGAUGAUUUACAAGUGGAGGAAGAACUCGGUGGAGGCGGCCGACCAGAAGUCCUGGCGUCUGUACCAGUUUGAUUUUAUGGGCCUGAGAAACACGACGGAUGUGAUACAGACAACGGCAGGUGACUAUGUAGUGAUGACAGUAUACUUUGACUUGAGUAGAAGAAUGGGCUAUUUCACUAUCCAAACUUACAUCCCUUGCAUCCUAACUGUGGUUCUCUCCUGGGUGUCAUUUUGGAUCAAAAAGGAUGCCACUCCAGCCAGAACGGCUUUGGGUAUAACAACAGUACUGACAAUGACCACUCUCAGCACUGUGGCCAGGACAUCUUUACCCCGAGUGUCUUAUGUCACCGCCAUGGAUCUUUUUGUUACCGUUUGUUUCCUGUUUGUCUUUGCCGCCCUGAUGGAGUACGCAACAUUAAAUUACUACUCCUACAGCAGUCGAAGUCCCUGCUGCAUGGAACCCAAAAGAACAACCUACUCUGUCUUGGAUGUGAGGCCUCCUCCACACACCAUCAUCGCUUUAAACAACUCCCUGUACUGGCAGGAUUUUGACGACACCUGCAUCUACGAGUGUCUGGACGGCAAAGACUGCAAGAGCUUCUUCUGCUGCUUCGAGGAGUGUAAAGGAGGUGGGUGGAGGAAAGGACGAGUUCACAUAGACCUUCUGGAGCUGGACGCAUACUCUCGUGUCUUUUUUCCCACUUCUUUCUUGCUCUUCAACAUUGUCUACUGGGUGGGUUACCUCUACCUUUAG